AUGGCUGCUGUGGCACACAAGAUUUUGCUGUUUCUAAAGAUUUUCUGCGGUUUCUUUCAUUCCAUUGUUGAGUUCUUCUCGACGAAACGAAAAUCGGUUGCAGACAAGGUUGUGGUGAUCACCGGCGCUGCCCGUGGCAUCGGCAAGGAAAUGGCGUUGCUGUUCGCUGCCCUCAACGCGAAAGUGGUUGUACUUGACAUCGACGAAGUACGUACUGUCUGCAACGUCGCAUACAUUCUUGUUUCCUUGCGGUUACAGACACGUCUCGUAGCUGAUUUUCAGGUUGAGAACAGAAAAACGGCCGAUGCCAUAACCAAAGCCGGUGGCAGGGCGUAUGCACAGGAAUGCGACGUUGCGAACCCGGAAGUGAUGAAGAAGGUAGCCCAGUCGCUGUUGCAUCACCCUGAGAUCGGCAUCCCGGAUAUCUUGAUUUGCAACGCCGGGGUGUUGAUCCCAAACUUAUUCUGUGAACAGUCAGACGUCGACAUUAAGAAAACGAUGGACAUUAAUUUGUUGGGAUUCUUUUGGACUCUGCGUGCCUUUUUACCACACAUGAUCCGCAAUGGCAGUGGCCAUAUCGUUGCAAUGGCUUCUACUGCCUCCUUUUACGGCCUUCCCUCCUCUACAAGUUACACGUGA